AUGGCCAGUGGCAGUGGAAGCGAUGAGCGCGUGCCACUCUUGGGCGAACGUGGACGGCCGACAGGCGCUGUGGCGGCUACAGCUGCCGAAACCGCUCAUAGUCGUGAUCCGGUUGGACGAGCUCAGAGCGAUCGUGAGCGUGUUUGCCUUGCAAGUCGGGGUCGACGCGCUCACAGGCUCGACGAGUUGUGUUUCUGGCUGAUAUAUGCCGUACUCCUGGUGGCUUCCAUAGUCUGGGCGCUGAUCAGCGCCAAGAUGCGUGGACACCAACGACUGCAGGGAGAGCCUGUCGUGCCCGAGCCUGCGGUGGCGAAUACUGAAUCAGCAUCGUUUUGCCAGGUCGGCAGUACUGGAUGGAAUAAGCACCGCACACGUCUCGGUUGGUCAUGUACCAGUGAGCUCCGGUCUCGCGUAACGCUUGGGCGCGCUGUCAGCCAGUCUGCGCCCCUAUCCAUCCUUGAGAAGGUGAAAUCAACCUGUCCAAACUGGCGACGGUUGCUCCAGUAUCCGGCGCUAUGUCGCCGCCAGGAGCGCUCUGUCUCAGGAUGCGGCUCCUUCCUCUGGAUAAGCGAUUUGCAUGUGGAUUACUGGUUCGAUCCUCGCGUGCCUCCGACGUUGUGUGGUGAACGCAAAGUCUGUCGCCCGGCGGAGCUCGUCUACAAUGUGUCAUCCCAGGUGCGCGAUGCGAGCAUUCCCAAUAACCCUGCCGUGCCUGUGCGGGAUGUAGCCACGACAUAUACCUACGGACGGCCCGGAUGUGAUCCUCCGCUGCCUCUCUUGGAGUCUUUGACGGAAGCGAUGAAAAAGGUCGAUAGUGAUCCUGACUUUAUUCUCAUCACAGGUGAUCUGGCUCCGCAUGACCUGCCUUCUCGCGCAUAUGUGCUCAGGAGCCUCAAUGCAUCUGCGCAGCACCUUUCUGCAACUGUUUGCGGCGCGCUGGGCAACAGCGGUGAGUCUCAGCGACGGUCGCCAAGAUGCAUCGUAGUUGUCGGCAACGUCGAUCUGUUUCCGACGUUGCACAUACCUAUAGAGGCGAAACCUGUGAGCUCCGCAGAACGCUAUGAUGCAGAGAACAAUAAUCAACCGGUGCGCUUUCGGGACCUGUACGAACUCUACGUUACCGCAGGCAUUCUGGAUCCAGAGAAUGAGGCGCUGCGCAGAUCGUUCACUGUGGGCGGAUAUUACAGAGCGUAUGAUGAUGGCAAGCUGCGAGUUCUGGUAUACAACUCUCUCCAUUACAUCGCUGGGAGGCUCUUCAGUUCAGCGAGUGCACUGAACAGAACGAAUGCAUCGCCCGCUUUGCCCUUCUACGCCCUGCCUUGUGAACAAUGGAAGCAGGUGCUUCCAGAUGCGGAUGAUCCUGCGGGCCAGUUUGCCUGGCUCGAGGAGGAAUUGCAGGAUGCUGAACAGAACGGACGAUCCGUUUUCCUUGCUUCUCACAUCGGACCGGGCAGUAAAACUGGUUCCCGGGCCUGGUGUGCACCCUAUGUUACCCGCUUUGCGGACUUGUUGACCAAGUAUGCAGACACAGUGACCAUGCAGUUUUACGGUGAUUUAUCUCGUGAAGAAUUGCGCUUGAUUGAGCCUUAUGGUUCGCCGAAUGGAACCAGCGAAAUGCGAGGACUAGCUCUUCUCAUCAAUCCCGGACUUACACCGAGACGGAUGCCUGGUGGUGCGCCGACAUUUCGCCACUGCUUCUUCGACCGCGGCAUACACCGAGCGAAGCAGGUAGCUCAGCGAAGACGCGGUGACCAUGUGUUCGCACCGGUGACCUUGCUUGACUAUCACGCGUAUGCGUUUCCGCUUCAGCACACCGUGAUAGAGCGAAUGACUCGGGGCGCGAGCGCGCCUCAUCCCGAAUGGCGCUGGCGGUACAGCUUUGCGGAACAGUUUUGUGUUCCGCACCUGUCGGCGUCGACGCUGCGUCAGGUCAUUCAGAACAUUGCAUCGGAGCCCGAGUUCAUGGAGGCCUACACCUUGCGCACGGAGGAUGGCCUCGAGAGCGAUCUCGACUUGAGCGCAGCAGUCGGAAGCCUUCGAGUCCAACCUGCUGCCUAA